CUCCGCGGCGGCCCCAGAUCCAGGCCCCAGAUCCAGGCCGGGCCGCGGCUCUCGCCGCCCAGCCCAGCCCAGCCCGGCCUGGCCCGGCCCUGCCGCGGAGGCGAGGCCGCCAGUGUCCCGCGCCCCUGAUACCUGCAGUGAGCCUGAUAUCUGCCUCUGCUCCUCUGAGCCUGUUCCUUUUCCCUGAGUACAGGGCACAAAGCUUGCGCCCUGAGAAGCGGCAGGCGCGCUCCCCGGCCCGGUCCCUGCCCGGCCCCGGCCCCCCCGCCCCUCCCCGCCCCGGGGCCGGGGCCCCUGCAGCCGCCGCCUUCCGACCCCUGCGCCCCGGCCCCGGUUCCCCGGGCCAUGCAGCCUCGGCCCCGCGGGCGCCCGCCGCGCAUCGGAGGAGAUGAGGCUCCGCAAUGGCACCUUCCUGACGCUGCUGCUCUUCUGCCUGUGCGCCUUCCUCUCGCUGUCCUGGUACGCGGCACUCAGCGGCCAGAAAGGUAAGCGCGACCCCCGCCCGGCCGGCCCGGCCCGCACCUGGCGCACCUGGGCGUCGGCGGCGGGAGCGGGCCCGGCGGUGGCCGCGGGAGGCGGCCGGAAGCCGACGCAGGCGCCCCUUCCCCGCCCGGGCGGCGCGGAGGACGCCCCUCCCACCCUCCCCCACUUGUUUGCUGCUGGAGCCGCGGCGUCCUCCUCGGGCCCGGGCUGCGCCUGCCCGCCCAGCGCUGGCCGCGCCCGUGGGUGCCCCGGACCGGACUCCGCGGGCGCAGCUGAGCUGGGGACCCGUGGGGGUCUCGGCACAGACCCAAGGUCACAGAGGUCCCGGAACGCCAGCCACAGCCACUUGGGCAGGACCUGGGCCGGCGUGAGGGACACAGGCGCGAGGGCACCGCUAGGCGGCGACGUUGUGGACGUUUACCAGCGGGAGUUCCUGGCGCUGCGCGAUCGGUUGCACGCAGCUGAGCAGGAGAGCCUCAAGCGCUCCAAGGAGCUCAACUUGGUGCUGGACGAGAUCAAGAGGGCCGUGUCGGAAAGGCAGGCGCUGCGAGACGGAGACGGCAAUCGCACCUGGGGCCGCCUAACAGAGGACCCCCGAUUGAAGCCGUGGAACGGCUCACACCGGCACGUGCUGCACCUGCCCACCGUCUUCCACCACCUGCCACACCUGCUGGCCAAGGAGAGCAGUCUGCAGCCCGCGGUGCGCGUGGGCCAGGGCCGCACGGGAGUGUCGGUGGUGAUGGGCAUCCCGAGCGUGCGGCGCGAGGUGCACUCGUACCUGACUGACACUCUGCACUCGCUCAUCUCCGAGCUGAGCCCGCAGGAGAAGGAGGACUCGGUCAUCGUGGUGCUGAUCGCUGAGACCGACUCACAGUACACUUCGGCAGUGACAGAGAACAUCAAGGCCUUGUUCCCCACGGAGAUCCAUUCUGGGCUCCUGGAGGUCAUCUCACCCUCCCCCCACUUCUACCCUGACUUCUCCCGCCUCCGAGAGUCCUUUGGGGACCCCAAGGAGAGAGUCAGGUGGAGGACCAAACAGAACCUCGAUUACUGCUUCCUCAUGAUGUACGCGCAGUCCAAAGGCAUCUACUACGUGCAGCUGGAGGAUGACAUCGUGGCCAAGCCCAACUACCUGAGCACCAUGAAGAACUUUGCGCUGCAGCAGCCUUCAGAGGACUGGAUGAUCCUGGAGUUCUCCCAGCUGGGCUUCAUUGGCAAGAUGUUCAAGUCACUGGACCUGAGCCUGAUUGUAGAGUUCAUCCUCAUGUUCUACCGGGACAAGCCCAUUGACUGGCUCUUGGACCAUAUUCUGUGGGUGAAAGUCUGCAACCCCGAGAAGGAUGCGAAGCACUGUGACCGGCAGAAGGCCAACCUGCGGAUCCGCUUCAAGCCGUCCCUCUUCCAGCAUGUGGGCACUCACUCCUCGCUGGCUGGCAAGAUCCAGAAACUGAAGGACAAGGACUUUGGAAAGCAGGCGCUGCGGAAGGAGCAUGUGAACCCGCCAGCAGAGGUGAGCACGAGCCUGAAGACAUACCAGCACUUCACCCUGGAGAAGGCCUACCUGCGCGAGGACUUCUUCUGGGCCUUCACCCCUGCCGCGGGGGACUUCAUCCGCUUUCGCUUCUUCCAGCCCCUAAGACUGGAGCGGUUUUUCUUCCGCAGUGGGAACAUCGAGCACCCGGAGGACAAGCUCUUCAACACGUCUGUGGAGGUGCUGCCCUUCGACAACCCUCAGUCGGACAAGGAGGCCCUGCAGGAGGGCCGCACCGCCACCCUCCGGUACCCUCGGAGCCCCGACGGCUACCUCCAGAUUGGCUCCUUCUACAAGGGAGUGGCAGAGGGAGAGGUGGACCCAGCCUUCGGCCCUCUGGAAGCGCUGCGCCUCUCGAUCCAGACGGACUCCCCUGUGUGGGUGAUUCUGAGCGAGAUCUUCCUGAAAAAGGCCGACUAAGCUGCGAGCUUCUCCCUGUGGCCAGCCCUGAAGCCCACGUUUCUGGGGAUGUCGUCACUGCCGUCCCCGGAGGGCCAGAUACGGCCCCGCCCGAAGGGUUCUGCCUGGCGCCGGGCUUGGGCCAGCCUGGGGUCCGCCGCUGGCCCGGAGGCCCUAGGAGCUGGUGCUGCCCCCGCCCGCCGGGCCGCGGAGGAGGCAGGCGGCCCCCACACUGUGCCUGAGGCCCGGAACCGUUCGCACCCGGCCUGCCCCAGUCAGGCCGUUUUAGAAGAGCUUUUUCUUGGGCGCCCGCUGUCUCUGGCGCGAACACUGGAAUGCAUAUACUACUUUAUGUGCUGUGUUUUUUAUUCUUGGAUACAUUUGAUUUUUUCACGUAAGUCCACAUAUACUUCUAUAAGAGCGUGACUUGUAAUAAAGGGUUAAUGAAGUGUG